AUGAGUGACACCACUCGCAACCAGCCGAUGCCCGGCUCAUUCCCGGGCGAGGAUGAGGGAGAAAUCCCCAUCCACUACUUCAUCGACAAACUCGAUGAAGCCAACGCCCAGAGCCUUGAGGAGCCGGCCCUGCCCCCUCGCCCUCCCAUCGUUCGUCCGAUAACCCCUGGCCUCUCCACGCGCGGUAAAGGUGCCCGUGCCUCGGCCGAAGAGAGCCCCCGCGGCAGCCAUCCCGCUGCGACCCGUCACUUCGGUGACAGUGAGUUGCUGGCCUACGUCAGCAUGCGAGGCGUCACUGGCCAUGGGCACUACCCUCGCGACGACGAGGCUCUGGAGCCCUUGGCCAGGAUGAUGUACGAGCCGACGACCAUGGCGGGCGUGCAGGCCGAAGUGACCAGAGCCAUCCGGGAGAUGGAGUUGCGUGGCGGCGGCAGCGGCAGCGAGCCUGUUGCUUUUGGCGAAGAGACUUUUGCGGGCCAGAGUGCCGAGGAAGAAGAAGAGGAGGAGGAAGGAGGAGGAGGAAGGCUCGGGUCCAGCCCCUCCAGAUGUUUUUGCCGCUCCAUGAGCCGGCCCCAGAGAACAACCGGCAACCAAGACCGAGGCGAGGACCAAGAAGAGGACGAUGGCAAGUCCGAGACCGAGGCCGAAGACGACGACAAAGACCUUCAUGGCAAAGGCAAAGAUGGCCAAGACAAAGGCAAAGUUUCGAAAACACCUCCCCCUUCUUUUUCUCCUACCAGCAACCCCCAGCAUUCCCCCUAUCAAUCCCCGUUUGGUCUGCAAGUGCGCGGCCGUUACUACCAGCCCCAUUCGGCGAUCACCGAGCUCUCGGAGCACUCGCGCGCAGACAGCAGCACAUUGGAGGAGGAGCAAGGCUUCUACCGGCCUCAUACAUCACCCUCGCGCAGUUUUUCCAACGGUUCUUCCCAUGCUUCUGAUGGCUCGGCGAAAUGUAAUUCUAACAAUAGCAGCACGCCUUCCACCCCGCCCAAGUAUUUCGUCAAGACGCCCUUCCUCGAGCCCGGCGAUGUCAGCGAUGACGAGGGACCGAAUGCCGGCGCUAUUUCGCCCAAAAUCUUUUUGAAGCUGGCGGAGGGAUGUGCCACGCGCAACAGGCACUUUCGUAUUGGUGGACCGCCUAAGGUUGAGGUUCCGGCUAACCUUGGGCGCACCCGCCCUGCUACACCCCCCAUCGAGUCGAUGUCUGACGUCCCAACCCCUCCUUCCCAGCACAAUUUCGAGGCGCAAUACGACGCGUACGACGGCAGCGAAAUGACGGCCCAUUACUCUCUCCCGUCUAACCCUUCAGUCAAGUGGGCGCCUACUGGCGUUCCGCAUACCAAUUUCGGUGGAAGAACCGAAAACUUUACCUUCGAUAGGAUGGAUCCUCUUGCUGGUCGCGAUCUGGUCUAUCGUCGCUAUGGACAGCCUGAGAGUGACCAAGACGAUGACGACAGCGGUAUCGGAGCCUCCGCUUCGACCCAGACUCCCACUGCCACUGCGGGUGCGGCUGCGGGUGCGGCUGUUCCCGGCCCGUCGACCGUUCUUCUGGAAGACGGCACGCGCCCGGUUCCCAACAUCCACGACUAUUCCACGUACACGUUCCCUGGAGAGAGUCAGCCUUACAAGUUCCCUGGUGAGACUCAGUCUUUCAACAUCUACGUCGGCGAUCUCCCCCCGCGCAUCCAGAUCGACGAGCGCAACAUUCCACCUCUUCGUAGGGCCACUCGCUAUCUUCCAGAGCACCAGAUCGUCGGGGAGAGAGUUUCCGUGCCUCCGGGCUUUGAGCAGAAGUUUGCUGGGCAGCAGGAGCAGGUUUUGUUCCAUGCUAGGGAUUUGAAGUCGUCGUCAUCCGAGGGCAAAGCUUCUUCUUCUGCGACUGCGAACCCAAUUGGUGGUCAGCAAAAGAUCGAUCGGAAGGGAAAAGGAAAGAUGGUCGACGAGGCAGCUCUUUCUACUUCCGUGGCCGGCGCUUAUAAUCAGCACAAGAGCGAUUGGAAGAGUAAGGGAAAAGAGGUCAUCUUCCCCAAGGAGAGUUUGAGCAGUGGCAGCAGCGGUAGUAGCCUCGAGAUGACGGAGCUUAAAGCUGGUCCGCCGCCAAAGCUCUCUGACCAUCAGGCUGGUCCUUCCGAGCUGCCUUACGGUCAUGUCGAGACCUAUACCUAUGACGAGGCCGAAGAUGCAAUCACCAAUGCUCCCCCCGGCACUUUGAUCGGCGGCAUCAAGGGCCACGAAGCUCGUGAAGUCCUUGAGACCCACAACAACUAUAUUGCCGACCUUCAGAAGCGAGAGGCCAAGACAAAGGUUGAGAAUGCUGCCCUCGAGCGCGAGGUCAAUGAGCUGGAGAGAAUCCGCCCGUUCGUCAAAGAACUGAUCGAGAGCGAGAUCUUCCAAGCCCUCAGUGCCCGUCUUCAUGCCGAACUCGCCAAAGAGCCGUUAGCUUUCGGGGGACUCUUCAACCCUUCGAUCACCACCAACGACCAGGCCAACGCAAUCAUUGACCGCAUCACCUCUCAGCCUUUUCCUACUAGCCGUGGCCGCUCUUACUCUCAGCACUUCAUUUCUCCUUCAUCUGCCCAUGCCACAACCUCUAUCCCGACCAAGAAAAUCCGCAAAGAAUCCAACCUCGACCGCCCUGCUCAACUCCGCCAGUACUUCAAUGACCAAAUCGUGCAACUCAAGUACAAAUCCGACGCGGCGUGGGUGGCCGUCAUGAGGGCGGAUGACACGCAGGCCAAGCUAAAGCAGAAGGACCAGAAGAUGACGGAGAUCGGAGAAAUUCUGGACAAUUUCGCUCAGAUGGGUGUGGAGGAUACCUAUGGGCUGUUUGAGCAAGUGCGAGCAAGUGUUAGGGCGGAAAUGGACGAGGAGAGGUGCAGGAGGGAGUGGAUUGAGAGGUAG